AUGGGUGGAAAAUUAAGUGUGCAUAACGAUUGCUUGGAAAAUUUUGAUAUUCAACAAAUAAGCAUUUUUACUCCUGGCCAAGGAAUUCUCCUACAACGUUUAGAACCGAAAAACCAUAGAGAAUUCCAAUUUAAUCAGGAUCUAGCGUAUGGAUCCUGGUAUGAUAUUCAAAUUAUUGGAUUUCCAAAAGAACCUCAACUAAAAGAAGAAAAACCUACACGAUAUCUGGUAAAAGGCAUCUAUCUUAGUUCCGGCAAAAUAGUCAAAAUUAGUGAGUUAAUAGAUGAAAAAAAUCUAGAUUUGGCAGGUAGUUGGCACUGUGGCAGUUGCAAUAAAGAGAACUUUGGAAGUGUAGCGAUUUGUGAAUUUUGUUUCACAAAUAAGGCGCACAAAAUCAUUUCAGGUUUAUCAUAUAUACCUGUUCUUGGUACUCCAUUUUCUGUCGCAAAUGCUGUGCUACAAUGUGGAAAAGCAGCACGAUCAAAUACAAAUGGUGACAUGACUGAUGCUGCUAUUAGUACAACAUCUGCUGUAAUCGAUGUCGUUACAGCUCCAUUGAUUAUUGGCUCAUUCGUCACUAAAGCUGCUGAAACAGCUGCUCAAGCUGGCGUUAAACUAACAGCGAACACUGUAUUACGUGAAGGAGCCAAACCAAUCUUAACUGCAGGUCUAGAGGCAGCUAAAACAGCGGUUAUAAUCAAUGCUAAAAAAGCAGAGAUCGAACGCUCAAUCAGAAAUCGCUUAGAUAAUUAA